AUGAAGCUCCAUUCAAGUAUGACUCGCCUUGCUCUUUCGCCCGCGCGUCCUUUGUACCCUGCCAUACUCGGUACAGGUGCUCUUCUUUCGACGAGAAAGGCUCAACAUGUCAAUAAUAAGCUUCACCUCAUACCCACGAAGCGGCAGCAUACAACAAGUACACAUAUUAGCCAAAAGUCCUCAUGGACACACCCUAUAUACACCAAAGAUCAAAUUCUCGCUGUCCGAACCGCACACCGAAAGGCAAACACCUGGCAAGACAAAGUCGCUCUUGGAACCGUGCGCUUCCUGCGCUGGGGCAUGGACUUUGUCUCAGGAUACCGACCCCGAACAAUCAAUAGCAACGGACAGUCCACAGGCUACAUCAUGACAGAGGAGAAGUGGAUCACAAGAUUCAUCUUCUUGGAGAGUGUGGCAGGCGUACCAGGAAUGGUCGCAGGAAUGCUUCGUCACCUCAAAAGCAUUCGCAGAAUGAAAAGAGACAACGGGUGGAUAGAAACGCUCCUGGAAGAAGCCUACAACGAGCGAAUGCACCUCCUGACCUUCCUCAAGCUCGCCGAGCCUGGCCCAUCAAUGAGGUUCAUGGUCCUGGGUGCUCAGUGGGUAUUCUUCAGCGGUUUCUCGAUUGCAUAUCUCAUCUCGCCGCAGAUAUGCCAUCGUUUUGUUGGGUAUCUUGAAGAAGAGGCUGUCAUCACAUACUCAAAGGCCAUUCGUGACCUUGAAAAUGGUCAUUUGCCUGCAUGGAGUAGCCUACAGGCUCCUGUAAUGGCCGUCAAGUAUUGGCAGAUGCCCGAAGGACAACGCUGCAUGCGGUCUUUGUUAUUGUAUGUUCGGGCCGAUGAGGCCAAACAUCGCGAUGUCAAUCAUGCACUGGGAAACUUGAAUCAGGAUACUGAUCGUAAUCCGUUUGCAGCUCGGGUUGGGGCUCAAGUUCAGUCCGUUGCUCGUUCAGCGGGGAUGCGCCAGCUGCAAGGGGAAGGCAACCGGAAGGAAAAUUGA